UCCUCCGUCACGUCCCAUCACGUCACUUCCCACUGAUGCGGAUACGAGUCAAGCUCUUCCACAACACUUUCGAGAGCCACCUACACCUGUCAAUACCGCAUUGCCUGAACGCAGUGCACCAUUACCCUCAACUAAGAGUCCUUCUCAAGAAUCUAGUACAAGUCCGCAAGCAACUACACUAUCAUCGCCAACACAAGAAGACCAAGACACACUGACAUCCAGCACAACCGACCCGAGUGCCUCGUAUAUCCCCGGGCGUGGCGGUCCGAAGGUGAUUGUAGAUCAAGACUCGCCAUUGACCGUGAAAAAGGCUGUUCAAAAAAACAACAAGCAAACCGUACUGGACACGCUUUCAUCGCUAGAAACUGUACAAUCGCUGGGACUAAUACAGGACAAAGAAGAGGGUGGCAAUGUUGCCCCACUGGAUACUACCGCUUCAAAGCGAAGUAUGGGAUUCUUCAGCCGUUCCAAGCCAAAGAAGACACCCUCAGGCCCACGUGUGUACGGGGACUCAGACGACGAAGCCGAAAAACAGGCCAACGAGGUGCCAAAUCCUGUUGAAGAGUCGCAGCAGCCGAAUGGAGUGGCCGCACCGACGUCCAAUAUCACUUUGAUGGCGACGCAGGGAUCGAAGGGGAGAAGUACACUGCAACGGAAGAACAGUAUUGAGAUCAUCAAUGUUUGGAGUAUCAUUGCAACGGAUUGGGAUAAUGAUCCGGUGGGCAAUCGCAAAAAAGCUAUUGACAAUAUUG